UUUAGUUUGUUUUUUGUUUUCUUCCAAGAGUUUUACUAUUAUGGCUGCCUCAACAAAUCCUGAAAAGAAUUCGGAGCUGAAACCACCGCCUGGGUUAAAGUCCUUGAUUGACCACUUGGUAUCAGUUUAUCCAGAUCAACCAAACCCUUUGCAAGUGACUACACUGCUUAAAUACUGGCUAGGUGGCUCCGAUCCCCUCGACUACAUAAGUAUGUACAGCAACAAAGGCCAGGGCGAAGGCGAUACAGAGAGAAUACCUCCGCACUGGCACUACGUUAGCUUCGGACUAAGCGAUUUGCAUGGCGAUCAGCGCGUCCAUAUAAAAGAAGAGCACACUACUCGGUCGGGCAUGGGCUUCGAGCUAACAUUUCGGUUGGCUAAAACAGAGGCUGAGCUGCGCCAACAGCGGGAAUGCCCUGAUAAACCACUCAGACCACCCACUUGGCCUGCAAAUCUUUUGCAAUCAAUUGCACGCUAUUGUUUUCAAACUGGCAAUGGUCUUUGUUUUGGCGACAAUAUACCUUGGCGCAAGGGAUUGGACGGCAGCUCCAAAUCUCGAAUGCAAAGCUUGCUGGUGGCACAAGAUCCGCAAUUAGGUUCGAUUGACACGCCCUUUGGCACUGUAGAUUUUUGCCAAAUAGUUGGCGUCACCGAGGAGGAACUAGAGCAGGCCUCACGCUGGAACGGUCGUGGCGUCUUGAACUUCUUGGCCAAGGAUGUACAGACAGGCGGCGACUGGCUGGUAACCAAUAUGCAGCGCACCAUGAGCGUGUUCGAAUUGUUUCCCGAGACCUUGCUGAACCUGCAGGACGACCUGGAGAAACAAGGCUCCGAUCUGGCUGGCGUUAAUGCUGAGUUCACAUUCCGUGAGCUGAAGCCAACCCAAACCAUUAAGGAGGAAGUGGACUUUAAGUGCCUGAACGAACGCUGCGCCAGCGAAGAGAACAAUCGACAGUUGACAGAGUCACAGCUGAAGCGCGAGGAACCCAGCUUUCCACAGUCCAUGUCGAUGAGCAGCAACUCGCUGCACAAAUCAUGUCCGCUAGAUUAUCAGCCACAGGCGCCCGACUGUAUAUCGCUGGAUGGCAUUGAAAUAACUCUAGCGCCCUAUGCAGCCAAAUACUUGCUGCUGGCCAUAAAGGAUCGCAUACGACAUGGCCGCCACUUUACGUUCAAGGCACAACAUCUGGCUUUGACUCUGGUCGCCGAAACAGUUACGGGAGCUGCAGUUAGCGUCAGCGAACCCUUUGGUGUGCUUGGGUAUUGGAUACAGGUGCUGAUACCAAAUGAUCUAGUGCCACGUAUGAUGGAGGCAUUUCGAAAUGUACAAUUAGAUGGCAAAGCGGAGCCCACACAGCGUCUGGAAUUCGAUUGGCCCGAUAAACACUUUAAGCUAAUUGUAGAUCAGCCGCCCUGCUCGCUGGCGCCCACAGCCAUGUCCAUUGAGGCGGCGCCUGUGAAUUGAAGAGCGACUGUCAAGCUUAAUUCUUAGUAUUAUACAUAUAACUAAACUGAAUCUUCCACUAACACCAUUUCAUCAAAGAAAGGCGCCAGCAUAAUUUCCCCGCAAUCGGACACAUCUUGAUGAGUUGCCACGUCGGGCAAAGCAUCUGGAUCUGCUGCUGCUGCUUUGAUGUCUGCUGUGUGGCUGUCGCAACGGACAUGACCAAUUUACGAUACAAAAACGAAAGUGUCUCAGGGUUGUGCUUGGACAAUGGACUUCAGUUUUUAAUUCUGGGAAUUGAAGUCAAUUUAAAAUAUUUCGGAAAAGAAUUCAUUGAUACACGACAAAUUCAUUGAUACUUUGUUGGCUGCAUAGCAAUUGACCAAAUGAUUUCAACUUAUGUAAACGGAUGCAACUCAGUUCAUACGUUUUGUAUAUGUACAUAUUAUUUGAAUGGGAAUGCGUUAGUUUGACUUCUGUUUUAUUCUUUUUUUUUUGCGGCCAUCUCCUUGGCGUGCCGGUUGCCAACGCAACCGCAAGACCAGACGCAACCGUCUUCAACGCUUCGUUUUGUUUACUACUGAGAACGCUCGCUAUCGCACGCUACUGUGUGUUGUGUUUGGCCCGCCGUCUCUGAUUAGGCGCCUCGUGAGUAAGUGACAAAUUUUUGCAACAAAAAAAAAUACAAAGAAGAAAAAGCUGCUCGUGGAAAAUAAUUGAAUUAUUUUUCAUUCCGUUGCCGGCAACGCAAGCGCUCGGUCGUGUUCCUCUGCUCUACUCUCGCCUAUCAAUUCGACUGCGUCUAGCAAGAGCCCGAACCAGAGACGGCGGUACGCGCCAUCCACACUCCCAAGGGGAUCAGCGACACUUCGCUUCACAGCAAUCGACUGCAUUUAAAUCCGUUAAACCACACGUUUUUUACAUCUAUGGCAGCAAUGGCCGAGAACGAGCCGCUCGACGAGUCCGUAAGUCAGCCAAAUGG